CCAUGAACCUCCCAAACAACACCCGACCUCGGGGAGCUUCUAUUCGUUUCGGUGGGUAUCUCUGGCACCCUACAUCUCAUUCGUAUGGUAUAAAACAAAAGCACCAUGAAAGACUCGGGCAAACCGCCCCCGUAUCGUCGUUCAGGACCACACAAUAAUGAGGAGGAGGAGGAAGGGGGCAACCGAGAGGACGAUCGGAAACCUCCGGCACGGGAAAUCAGUAUACACACCACACCGAGUACGACAACACAUCGCGACAAUGCCGAGUGUGACUCUUCCGUGGACGAUUCCGCGCUCACACCUGCUUACGCCGCCAUACCGACGCGUAUGCAUACGUCGGCGUCGACACCGCAACCCCUGUUGCUGGCUUCCACGCCCGGGGAAUCCCCCGACACGGACGACCGCAAGCAGCGGCCAUUGCACAGUUCCGACUUUCACAAACCCAUCCGUAACAACAACAACAGCGUGGACACGGAGUCCUCUACACCGUUACGGAGUCGCACUUGGCUCAAUCACGAACUGUAUUUCUGGUCCGGUGCCUCGUUGCUCUCCGUGCUGCAAUUGCUGUACCUUUGCUUGCCGCUUACCGCCUUGUGGACUCUCUUGGUCUUGGUAAUUUCCACCCUGCUCUUUGCGUGGACGGCACUCCAACGCUUGCGUCUGGAAUACCGGGAACGCAUCACGCAACACGGAUUGGCUGCCUACCUUCCCGAGUCCCUCUCCCACACGCUCACGUCCCAAACCCUGCACGAGUACCUCACGGACGACUCGUUCGGGUUGGAAUACCGACACUUGCUGCUCUACUUUAUGCCCGGUCUCUCCAAUGAACAGAUUGAACAAUACGUUGAUCAGUUGCCGCCGCGUCAUCGGGAGGAAUUGCGACGACACGGGAUGGGAUACUUUUUCGGUGACGGCUUUAUGCGACUCUUGAUGGGCGAGCACGCCUACCAGACACGUCAGCAACAACAACAACAAGGCGCAGCCGCACCCACCAGCUUCUCCGAUUUCCCAACAACUCUAUCGGUAGCCACCACACCAACGGAAGCAACGGAUACCUCCCGUCGUCGACUAUCGUACCAACGAGACGAUUCCACUGCGUCUUCGAACAGUGACUUGGGUCUGCAAAUUUCCACCGGCGAUUUGGCGGGGGGUCAUAUGAACGACGCGCAAGCCUGGAGCAUGGCUCAGUGGUUGGGUGUGCGAUCCCCGUCUUCGACGAUGACACCACCUACGCGCAGCAAUACGACCAGUACGACCCGUGGGGAGGCGACGACCGCAACCGGUACAACAAGUUCCCCCGCUGCCAUCCUAGACGAAUCCAAUCCCGAGGAUGACGACCGCCGUUUGCGGCGCGAGUAUGCGGACGAAGAACGCAUCCUGACGGAUGCCUUUUGGGACGCCUACCGUUCCUUGUACGCGUCCGUAUGGACUCCAACGGUACAGACUGUGAGAGAAAGGAUUACACAGCCUGUUACGAAUAUGGUCGUACGCAUUGGACUCGGUGCGUUGACGCUUUCGAGUGGGAUUGGCGUUGUCGGCUACUGGCAAGGCGUGUACGCGCUCCCCUUUCGCCAAACCUUUCCCAGUAGCAGACACCAUGGGUCGGCUCGUAAUCACGAUAGUCUUGGACUCGCCUUAGUGCAAACGCCGUGGGAUCGCCUACAGUUUCCAUCGUCCGAGUCGUUGUGGACAACCGCCGUGAUGGGUGGCGCUUCGGCGGGAGUAGUCCUGUUUGCUCGUGCAUAUUGGUCGAUCGGGCGGAACACCGAGUCGACAGCGCGAAAGGGCGCGGGUAGCGAAAACGAGCCGAAACAACAACGUGAAAAUUAAAAAGACCACAUCGUUCACGUGUUUAUCACGGAACUAGUUAGAUUCAAGCUCAGUUUUGAUUUGAGUUUUCUAGAUUUAUUUG